UCUCUGUCGCUCCCUUUUGCGUCCAUGUAUAAUUGUUGCUUGUUCUUGUACGCAUAUUUUAAACUCGGAAAGCUUCAGUGUCAUACUUUUGAGUGUUCUGCAGCCAUCUCGGACUUGAUGAACCGUAUACCCGCUCUGCCAUGAUUUGCGCCUUAGCGGGAAUAUUGUACAAUGCUGUCUGGCAAACUUUGCCUGCUCUAUCUGCUAGCGGUCGGAAUCAUAAUUUACAUGGCUUACAACCUGACUACCCCAGCGUUCGACCUGCAUGGUGUUGACCCUUACGAGGACACGACAUGGCCACCAGGACCGGGCGAUGCCACAGUAGCCAAAGGUGCCUGGACAACACACAACGGAGGGAGAUUGGGAAACCAGAUGGGUGGAUAUGCUGCCCUCUACGCGUUGGCUAAAGUGAACCAACGGCUGGCUUACGUCCAUCCUGACAUGCACAUAGUCCUAACCAGAUACUUCCGCAUCACACUUCCAGUCAUUGAGCGGAAAGCACUUCAGACGAUGAACUGGACAUUUUACACGCUAGAAGACAGAAUGAACGAGCAUUAUGCUCAUAUUCAUGACCCGUAUGUCUGGUUCCAAGGCUUCCCCUGUUCCUGGACCUUCUACCACAGCAUUCGCGAAGAAAUCGUUAAGGAGUUCACGUUCCACGAACACAUCAGAGACAAGGCUUGGAAAACACUGCAAGGGCUCAGAGGAAAUAGAACAACUCAGCCCGUAUUCGUCGGAAUCCACGUCAGACGCGGCGACUACGUACGCGUCAUGCAUGAACGGUACAGGGGCGUCGUAGCAGACAAGACUUACUUCCAGAGAGCCACGGGUUAUUUUAGGUCACGUUACAAGGAGUUGAUAUUCGUUGUGGUCAGCAGCGAUAUCGCGUGGUGCAAAGAAAACAUCGACGCUUCGUUGGGUGACAUCUACUUCCCUGGAGACGGGGACGAAAUAUUUCCUGGCGACGAUUUGGCUCUGCUCGUCCAAUGUAACCACACCAUAGUGACACUCGGGACGUUCGGCUACUGGGCAGGCUAUUUAGCCGGUGGGGAAGUCGUCUACUUGGCUAACUUCACGCUCCCUGACUCACCGAUGUUGAAUUUCUUUUUUCCACCUGCCGCGUAUCUACCAGAGUGGGUCGGUAUUGAGGCCGACCUCUCCCCGGUUCUAAGGCGGAAUGCGGAGGUGGGCAGUGAUAACACUUUGUUUAAUAUUUCUGUAAUACUUUAAGUAUUUGUACUUGUGUUAUAAUAGUAGGCAUGCUGUUAGUUGAAUUCGUUUAAAGCGUAAGCCACGUUGGGGAUCACGGACCAAGCGAGUGUCCGUUGUGGAUGGUCAGAAUAGCCACGCCGUCGCAGGAACGCGGGUGGAGUUCCAUUGAGUGAAAGGGACUUGGAAGCUACGUUUGGAAACCGUUGCAUGUGGAUUGCGACUAGGGAAAAUGGGACAGGUAGUGCGUGUAAAGCAGAGAUCCCCGUGCGGGAUCCCCACGGGAUGAAACCAGCGAACGCAGGAAACAGGAGCACCUUUCCUCAGGUAGAAGACAAGUGAAAGUGGUUUGUACGGGAAGCCAGCGGCACUGCUCCGCAGUCCAUGAACCGUCGUCGGCUUUUAAUCUUUGUGAAGGUACGUGUUGUGCCCAAGCGGGGAAUCAAGAAGUUUGUGCAGGGUGCUGCGCGCGUGGUUGAAGGGUUUCAACAAGUGUUGUGUGUAGUGUUGCGACUCAGCGAACCACGCGGUUGUGUUGCCACGUGCAGCUCAGACUUGGCCUAUACUCCAAGGCACCAUCGUCCAGACAUCGUGUAUUCGUACGAGCGACAUUCCCCCAGGAGCGGAAGAUGCGAAAAGUGCCAUAGCUUUCUGCUGUCACGUGAUUCUGAGCGCUCAACGUCGUGUCUUCACGUACACUGCUAACCGUGGGGAAUAUCCUGCUACACAGCCACAAGAUAUUCCGUAGCAGAUGACAGGAAAAACACGCUGACGGCGUCGUCUGCCAAGUGUCGUCUGCUAAACGCGGAGUCCGCCACUCCCGAUAUUCUGCACCGUGUGAAUGCUCAACAAAACACGGGACGGAACUUCCGCUCUGUAAGCAGUGUUUCCGCUUCUUCUUCCACUAGAAUAUUCCGUGAGGUUGUCGCUCGUGUGAAUACAUGGACACACCCUAUAUUUCUGGAGCAUUAUGUCUACGAACAGGGAUACGUCACUCAUUCUUCCCGCCGACCGUAGACGGACCUUGGCAGCCGAACAAAAGAGCCGUGGCCUUCUUCCUAUGUGAUAUAGUUGACCGGACCUGACGCACGAACGGUACUGUCAUUAUGUAUAAGUGACGUCAGUUUCCGGUCUGUUUGUAUAAAAGCGCUGGGCUUCAUCAGCUCCUUGUCUGUUCCCUUCGCAAUCUCGAACAUGUAAAUAAAUCUCUGUUGUUGUUGCUGUUGUUGGA